GCCGACCUUCCCUGAAGAGCCCCAGGCUCUCGGGAUGAUUUGCUGUCGCUAGGAGAAACUGAGGCAGGGCGGGCUGCCCGUGCUUUCCUGCAGUCCGCUCUCCCCGCAGGAUGGACUUCCGAACCCCCGACCUGCUGGACGUGUGGCUGGAGUCCCCAGAAGAGGUCUCAGCAGGAGCCUUCCUGGAGCUGGGACUCCCCUACCCUGCCCCAGAGGUCCCAGGGCCUAAGCUCCGAGAGCAGGGGCCCGGAGGCUGGGAGCCCAGCGGGGGACGGGACUGUGUGAGUGGCCUUCAGGAGAGUGAGCCCGAAGACUUCCUGCAGCUGUUCAUUGAUCCCAAUGAAGUGUACUGCUCAGAGGCAUCUCGUGGCAGUGACAGUGCCAUCCCCGAGGACCCUGGCCUCGCAGACAGUUCCCCUGCUCUCUGUGAGGUCGUCUAUGAGGCAGGGGGCCUGGAGAGGCCGCAAGGGGAAGCUGGGCCGGCUGUAGGGCUCAUCUCUCUCCAGCUAGGUCCACGGAGCCCACCACGGACGGUGCCUGCUGCCUGCACGGUCGGCGAGCUGCCCCUGGCUGCUCACGCUCACACACCACCCAGCGUGGGCGCUGCAAACCCAGUGCCCCCCGCGACCCUGAUCAGAGACAUGAGCAGCUCUGAGAGCACGAAAGGACAAGAGAGACACAAGCCUUUGGAACUGCCCUGUCAAACGUUGCUCCUGACAGAGGAGGAGAAGCGUCUGCUGGGACAGGAAGGGGUUUCCCUGCCCUCUUCCCUGCCCCUCACUAAGGCGGAGGAGAGGGCCCUCCAGAAGGUCAGGAGGAAGAUCCGUAACAAGCAGUCGGCGCAGGACAGUCGGCGACGGAAGAAAGAGUACGUGGACGGGCUGGAGAGCAGGGCAGCUGCCUGUUCUGCACAGAACCAGGAGCUACAGAAGAAAGUCCGGGAGCUGGAGAGGCACAAUAUCGCUCUGGAAGCUCAGCUCCACCAGCUGCAGAUGCUCGCUGCCCAGACCUCCAACAAAGCUGCCCAGACCGGCACUUGUGUUCUGAUCCUUCUUUUUUCUCUGGCCCUCAUCAUCCUGCCCAGUGUCAGCCCCUUGCAGGGUCUCCGGGAAGCUGGCACCGAUGACCACCAGCCGCAGGGAGUGAUUUCCAGAAAUAUCCUGACUCACAAGGACAUGACAGAAAGCUUGGGGGCCACAGCGGUAGAGCCUGGACUGGAGGGGCCACCUAGGGCCAAGGGUGUCAAUGGCUCAACAAGGAACCUGCUGGAGAAGAGCGGAGGGAAGACAGGCCCCCGCGGGCAUGUCAGAGCCGUCCUGCGCGCGGAUGAGAUGUGAGCUGGAACACUUCCCAGGCCACUUCCAACCGCAGUAAGGAAUCCGGGAUCCCCGACGGCUCUUUCCCCUGGGAUUCCAUUCGGAGUUCUUUGGCUUCAGGGUCUGAAUCAUUUCAGGACACCCUAAGUAUCUGUACCCUGAGGCCCAAGCUAUGUGAUGAGGCAUUUCAGAUACUUUUGUUAUACAUCUACAAUUUUAUUUUUUCUUUGGAUAAGGGUUGGGGGGAAACAGAGAUUUUGGCUGAGAAAUAAACUUUUUU